UUCACUUUAGGCUUAAAGCACCCCGGAUAGCACUGCAUAUGUGCGAAUAACCUUCUGUCGUCCCCAUCCGAUUCGCUAAUUCAAUCGUCAACACCAGCAAUACUCCGAGGUAUACCCGCAACACCCGCGUUUCACCGUAGCCCAUCUAGGCAAGACGACAUCAUUGGCAUCAUGAAAUCCACGGAAAAACUCAAGGGAGAACGCAGGAUUGGAUCGCCCCACAAUGUUCCAGUCAGUUACUCCACGGUAGGGCGAGUCUACUCCGUAACUUCAGACCAUAUAAGAAACCUGCCCCUCCAUCGACCCCUCCAUCCCACUUACCCCGAUUUCAAGCUCAAUUGACAAAAGAAUAACACACUACAAACCGCCAAAAUGGUCUACAACAUCGUCGUUCACAUGCGCGCAAAGCCCGACCAGGAAUCGAUCCAGAAGCUGCACGCCAAACUCCUUGAAGCCUCCGCCGUCUACUCCAAGGACCACGAGACCCUCUCGUGGUUCGUCAUGCAGUCCGUCCACGACCCCCAGGACUUCUGCAUCGUCGAGCGCUACCUCCACGAGAGCUCGCAGAAGUACCACCUCGAGAAUCCCUACUGGAAGACCUUCGACCCCUAUGUGAUUCCUCUGCUAGAGAAAGAGAUGGACUUGCGCCGGUUCGAGGAGCUUGUCUAAGUGCCGGGAUUUUGCUGUGAGGAAUUUGCGUCAUGAUGUUAUAGUUACAGAGCAUAGAGAUCAUGGGUCGUUGAUCGAUCGGUAAAUUAUUCAAAUGUCGCUGUGCGUAGUACAACCGUAGUAGAUUCAAUUGAACAUCCUCUAAAGAGAGAUACUACAGAC